GUUCAAAAGCAUCCUGGUGGGAAAUUCAUCCUACAAGCGGCUGGCGGGCCUGUGGAUGGAUGGUGGAAGUACUGGGCCCAGCACCACUUGUCCCCUGAUGUGGCUGAAGCACUGGAAUCUCUCCGCAUCGGACGUCUCCUGGACUACAAGGGGGAGGAGGAUGAGGAGCGCCUCGGGGGAGGUGUCUGGGAGCCCGAGCAGAGUGCCCCAGGGCGCAAGGGCUCGCGGCAGAGCGGAUGCAUUCUGAGUGAGAUGCCGUUUCAGACGGAGACGUGCUGCUCAGAACUUGCUGUUGAGUUCUUGACGCCGAAGGACAAACUCUAUGUGCGGAACCAUGCGCCUGUACCUGCCGUGGAGUCUGCUGCAGAGCAUCUGGUCACCUUCGCAUCGGACCAG